CUGGGGGGGACUAUUUUUGUGGCGCACCUGUCAACGAGGAAGGUGGCACCACUUAUUUCGGUUUCUUUUUCCCUGACAGCAGACCAGCAUGACUACCCUACUGUUGGUUUUCUAGAAGCUCCGGAGAACACGAAGGACAGACACGACUAUGACACAGAAUCUCGCGGCGGGGAUGGAGACGUCCGCCAUCUCCGUCCUGAAGCGGGCGGUGGAGCUCGACCACGGCGGCCGCUUCCAGGAGUCUCUGGUCUGCUACCAGGAGGGCAUCCAGCUGCUCAUGGACGUGUUGAAGGCUGUGAAGGAUGACUCGAAGAGAGGCCACUUCCGGGAGAAGAUAAAGGGCUACAUGGACCGAGCGGAGCAAAUCAAAGUGCACGUGAACCAGCUGAAGGAAGAUGGGAAGUACCACGAGCAGAUUAGAAUAUCAGAGGAUGCGACUGGUUACAGCUACGAGGCUCUGUUCAAGCCGUACAUGAGCGGGUUGCUCACAGAAGUCUGGGUGCAAGACCCUUACAUCCGGCACACGCACCAGCUGUACAACUUCCUGCGGUUCUGUGAGAUGCUGCUAAAAGCGUCCUGCAAGGUGAAAACGAUCCACCUCCUCACGUCACAGGAUGAAGCGGACAACCGGCAGCAGGGCGACGCUCUGGCUGAGCUGACGGAGAGUCUGAGCGCUCUGGGACUGACUCUGGAUCUGCAGUACUCCUCCACGAUACAUGACAGGGAGAUCAGGUUUGACAAUGGUUGGAUCAUAAAGAUAGGAAGAGGGCUAGAUUACUUCAAGAGACCGAAGGGUCGAUUCUCCAUUGGAUAUUGUGACUAUGACCUGCGGCAGUGCCAGGAGACCAAUGUAGACAUUUUUCACACCAAACACACAAAAAUAUUAUAAUUGAUUCAUGAAGCUUGAACACCUUUUUUUUUUUUUUUUCCCAUCGUAAUUUAGUUCUCUGCCUCAAAACUCACAAACAGAUCUGUGUAUUUGCCUUAACCUCCACACGCAUGUGAUCGGCCUUCUAACAACUGUGUGAAUGAGCAGAUUUGAUCAGGUUUUUAAAUGCUUUUCGUCACACUGGUAAACAGUUGUUGUCCUUUUUUAUAUGUAUAUAUAUAUAUAUAUGAGUUUUUAUGACUAUUUUUUAAACUUUUCUAUUGCUGUAUGCGUGUACGAUAUAAUGUCGCCAUCUGGUGGACAAAUAUAUUAAAACAUACAAAAAUAAAUA